GCACUCACUUGGCGCACCGACGUCGCGACGCGCGGUAUGCGUUCCUUCCUUUCUAUCCGUUCUCCGACCUUCCAUUAUUUUUUUGUGUGUACACUUACAAACUUUUCACGACCCUGUAUCUAUCUAUUCCCUCCUCUUUCCUUUCUUUUCAAAAUGCACGAUAUCGCGGAGUUACUCGUUGCGAGAAAAGAAACGAAAGAAGAAAAAUCGUGUGAUUGUGACGUAAUAGAUUGAUCACGUUGAUAAAAGUGAGAAGAAAAAAAGGGGGUAAAAGAAAAAAAAAGGAAAAACAAAUACGUAACAAGUGUGAGAUCUUUUCGUAAAGACCAAAGGGAAUAGAGAUAGGAGUUAGAAAGAUAGAUAAAUAAAGAGAUAGAUAGAGAGAAAAAAAGAAAAAUAGUGUAACCAAAUAGUGAGACGAAAUAAAGGGUGAAAUAUGAUGAUGUAGAUGUUGGAACGAUGAGAUGGGAACCGACUUGGAUGAUGGUGGUUUCGUCGAUCGUUGAUCGUCUAAGAGAGAGAAAGAAGGAUAAUCAUCUGGUAUGCGCCAAGGACUGAUCGUCGUUCGUUCCUCGUCGAAGGAUCAUGCCGUUCGUGAUUCGAAAGGUGGAGCCGCGUUUCUUGUGCCGCGGUCACGUGCCAUCCGGCGCGGCGGCACAAGAGUUACCGGUUGGUGCCGAAUUGGAGGCCGUUGCGAACGGUGCACUUACAGGUUCGUUAAAGCAACUGGCCUCGCUUCUCACCAUCGCCGAGGACAUAUUUGCCGAACUCACUCGGGAACUAACUGCGGUCGCCGAAAGGAGUGCCCAAGUCAGACGGAGACUCGACAAGGUCGAGGAACGACUCGUUACCGUCGACCCUAAAAAAGUUCCCGUUCCCGAAUCGGACAUUUGCACGUUCGCGGCACGAACGGAACACUUUCACGUAACGAACAAACCAUCGACGGCGUUGUUCACGUCGAACACGAGACCGAGGGCACUCAAAGAAUUGUACGAAGCCGCCGGCGUGGUCGCUGUCAGAAGUUUGGAUUCGUUGAGAAGGGAUGGCAGCUCCAUGGAUAUGUUCCUCUGCACACCCGUUCUUGGAAAGAGAAGGCGGGACCAAAGUCUCGACAUCGAGUCCAGAGUCCCGGCUGCUAUCGAAGAUCUACGAAGAUGGACAUCGGCAGAGGCACUCGGAGACGUCACCGUGCCACCGGACUGCAUGUCCAGAAUCCUCGGAGACACGGCCGACGACGAAGCCGUGGAUCACAAGUUGCCCAGUCCGGAGGAACAGGUUCAGGCUGUUGCACUCAAAUUCCCGGCGGAAAUCGUAGCGGUAGAUGUAAGCGGAAGAGGAUUCGAAAGGAUGUCAAUGAGAAGAAGGUCCUUGCUGUCGGGUCCGGAGAUUCAACAACAAGAGACAAACGUUAAGAGACGAUCAAGACCACGAAGGCCAAGAGGAAAGAGACGAAAUACGAUCGCUGGUACCGAUCAAAAGGAGAUUCGUCAAGCUAUCGGAGGACGCUACUGGUCGGUUCGCAUGUCUCACCGUAACGCGGUAAGAACAAGAGAAACGACGGGAGACGAGCCGGAAGAAGCAAUGCCUAGUACAACACCAAGGGCUCAUCGUUCGGCUAGCACCGACAUACUUGGUUCGUCGAAGAAGGAUACGUCGACGGAAAAGAAAUCUCAUUUCAAUACCUUGAAGGCUUGGGGAAUGUCCAGGCUAAAGUCGAUCGGUCAGAAUAAAUCAGGUACGCAACAACAACAACAGCAACAACAACAGCAGCAGCAGCAGCAGCAACAGCAACAGCAACAACAGCAGCAAGAAAUGAGCGAAUCGAACGCAAGCAGAUCGGAACAGGGUCAAAGCCAAUCGAGAUCGUUGCCAGCGGACGAAACGAAUAUUUACGAGACUGUUAACAACAGGCGUAAAAAGGACAAGUCUCACCACCAAAGGAAACCAAGCUCGUCUAGUUCAAGCGGUAAGAGUACAUCGUCGAUUCCUGUGUCGAUCCCUAAGUCGAUUCCAGUAUCGAUCCCAUCGGGUACGGAGAGACAGGGUAGCGUUAAGUUGCGCGAAAGCGCGGCACAAAGGAGAGAAAGACGAAAAGGUACUAGCCGCGAUGACGCACCUCAUUCCAGUUCAGGAAAUUGGAGCGCAUCUUCGGAAAGUGGUAGAGCUAGUAUCGGAAGCGAGACCACAACGACGACUCAUCAACCGAGAUCGACGACCACAGCAUCGAUCGGUACAUCUUCGACUUCGUUGAGUCACGCGAGACGUCUCAAAGGAAGGGACACUUCGGCUUCCUCUUCGGUCACCUCGGAGGGCACCUUAACUCCCGACAUCAUACAAGAUAUAGCGGUAGUACCGUUUUCGGACGACGGCGAGACAUCGUCCGUAUAUUCCUGCGACACCGAAGGUUAUUACACUUCCUUCCAUGUCGAUUCUGGAUUGAAAACAUUGAGAGAAGAGGAACCACUUCCUCAAAGUCCGCUAACGAAAUCGAACGGAGUUAGUUCCGAUCCAACCUCGCCUAUCAUCGAGAACGAGUACGAACUGUUCGGUCGGGGAUCAACUUCGACGACCACGAGUUCAGCCGGUACCGUUUGUACGGCUCUGAUGGCACCUCCACCACCAGAAAGAAAAUCCAGUCUAACCGUAGUAGCUAUGGUCCAUGGGGAAAAUCAAAAUGGUGGCGAAUCACCGGACAGUGGUCACAACACUUCCUCUUCGCCGGUCGAGUCAGCCUCGAGUCCAGCCUGUACCGGAAGAUCCUGUUCAGAAUUCGAGUACUCCGAAUCGAGCGAUCUCGAGGGCUGCGAGAGGAUCGAGAGAAUUCGUUCGAAGACCGCGAUCAAUUCGAGUAGAAUACCAUCGAUGUGCGUUAUAACUCCGCCUUGUUCCGACGACGAACACGUCAAAGACGUCGAUCCGUCGGAGAAGAAGCAUCAAGUUCGGAAUAAGAACGACGUUCAAGCCGCAGGAUCGGUAUUGAUGUCCGCCACUGUUGGAACCUCCAAGAUGGAGGUGAUCAAUGGACAGGAUAAGAACCUUUACGCUACCGUCCAACACGUAAUACCUUCUUCCACUAACAACAAUAGCAACGACAACAACGGCAACUCCGAGAGACCUAUUACGAAUAAUCAUCAAUCAUCGCAAAUCAAAAUCAGCCCGUUGAGCGGUGUUUUGGGUAAACUUCGUGGCGUACUUCCAGGUAGGAAGCACGUCUCGAAGAACGUGGUCAAUGGUCUUAACAACGCGGACUCCGGCGACUAUGUUACGAUAGCCGACGUGAGGAAUAAUAAUGACAAACGAUCGGAAUCAGGAUCAUCGUCCAGCACGACUUCCUUGGCCCGUUCGCCGAGUACUUACGCGAAUUCUGAUAUAUUUAAGAGGGACGCCGAAUACGUCUGUCUGAGCGAAUUGCCGAAGAAACCGGACUCGUCCUUGGAAAGGAAGAGACAGGGCGCUAGAGUUACUCUCGAUUCCGAAGGCAAGGUCGUUUAUUCAUCGGAUAGUCUCAAGAGAAGAAAAGGAGCGCACACGACCUUCAAUCCAGGUCCAUUCGUAAGAGAAGGAGUAUCGCCUAACCCGUCACCAUUAUUACGUCGAGCAACGCCAAACGUACGAGCUGUCACAAAAAGUCAAGACACCGUCGAUAGCAGCGAAAAAAAGACACCGUCUCCUGCGACAUCGCCUACACCCUCACCUACGUCACCUACGUCGCCACCUACGUCACCGCAAUUGGGUAAACUCAUUAUUCGGGCGGCGAAGAGCCCGGACAGAGCCCCGAGUCCCGACUACGUGAGGACACCCGCGACCGUGGUGGGUCCAAAGAGUCCCACGAGUCCUCACAGACAAGUGCGGGGAGCGUACGUCAACGUGCAGGCUGGCGACGAAGACAAUAAUUUAUUAGCAAUACCGUCAGAGUCGAUAGCGGUACAACCCCCAGCUUAUAUCGGGCCGCCAACGCCAGGGGAUAAAGAAAAAUCGCACAAAUACAACAAAGAUAUAUCGAAAGAUUCUCAAGGUAAUCAAGGACGUUAUCAAGAAGAAAUUAGAAACCAUGGAAAUUACGAUGAACGACGAGUUUACGCUCCGAACAAUUAUCCUCGGAACAAUUGCCAACACUAUUAUCGUUACAACGACGAUCAAAAGUUUUUCGAACGAAAGAUAUCGAAUUAUUGCGAUUACCAAUUACGUAAUUGUGACCGUCAAUCAGUGCAAAUGCAAAAUGCGAAGAAUCAAAGAUUUUGCAUGGCCGGAAGGGGGGGCUUCGAUCAACAGCAAUUCUAUACUCUACCAACGAGAAGAGCUCAAAGAGAGAUCGAGCCACCUCGAAGCGUUACUCCGGACAUUACGAGAGGUCUUGGACGUGGUUCCCUAAGCGCGAUGCACAUGUUAGCCAGACAAGGACGAAGGCCCGUUGUCGAGCAGGUUCCCGAGCAGGUUCCUAAGCAGGUUCUUCUUCCCGAGCAGGUUCUUCCCGAGCAAGUUCGUUUAGCGAGUAAUAGGAAGUUGGAAGAACUCGAGACGAGGAAGAGACUCGUGAAACAACAGCAAACAACGCCGAUCGUUGAUGUCAGAAAUAGAUUCGCAACACCGUUGAGUCUGUCCGCGCUUGGCUAUCGAUUCUUCGCUUCUUCACCCGUCAACGAACCCAUCGCGAUGCCACCAACUAGUACAGAUCUCCUAAAGCACGAUCCAAUUUCCCCCAUCGGAGGUGGUUACGGUAACGGGUUCGAGUCUUCCACUCCUAUAGCACGAUCGGUUGCUCGAACCGUUGCCGAACGUCUCGCUCUAACUACCGGGAAUUCUCCAUCGCCUGUACCAAGUUCAUCCGGCAGAAGUACACCCGUUCAACCAUCCUCAUCGUCCGGUAGAAACACACCGACGAAUUUGAUUUUAUCGCCCAGUAAAAGUACAAUGUCGAACGAGGAACUUUUCGCGGCCAUUCAUAAGUCGAAGAAGAGAUUGAAUAUCAAAGACGACGGGGAAAACAUGUCGCCUUACGGUUCGAUGAAUUCUCUGAUUAAAACGCCGGCUGGUAACCGACACAGUUGGAGUCCCGAAUCUCAGAAACCAACUGAGGUAGGAGUAAUUAAUCUCUCUCUCUCUCUCUCUCUCUUCGCUCGUUUACGCAUUUUAUUUUUCUUUCAGAUACCCAUCUCUCAACCGAUACAUUCCCCAUCGGCCACUUCACGAUUAGAUUUCAAACGGUUGUUACUCCAACAAAGCGUCAAGGUAGGACCUACGAGACUCUCGGCGGCAGAACAAUUAAAACUUUCUCGACAACAGUGUCAACAACAACAACAGCAACAACAACAACAUCAGUAUCAUCAACAACAACUGCAACAAUCAUCGACCAUCGUAAAUCCAUCGCAAACUCCAUUGACCAAAGUCAUGAGUCCUCGUUCGGUUUGGAGAUUCCAAACGCCAAGGACCGACGUUUUAUCUUCAACGAUCAUCGAGGAUACCGCGGCUGAAGAGAAAGCUAUGAAACCUUCCCCGGAGAACACCUCGCCUAUCUCCAGAUUGAACAGCAAAAGACAAUUGGAUCUCGGAAAUGAACUCGCUAAUAAUCUACGAGAUACGAGGAAGGAGGACGAUUUAAUCGAAUCGUGCGAUGCUAGACUGUUGUCCUCCGUUGACGAUCUAUCUAAUUCCCAUCUUGACAACAAAAAAGAUAAUCGCACGCCUAACAGAAUAACGCAAAUCGAGCCAAAAGUUUUACCCUCUUAUAACCUGGUUGAAAACGGUGCCAAUACCAUCAACACUAAUACUAUCGCAACCACCAUUGCAACCACUAUCGCAACCACCAGCAAUACCGGCGUUUCUCUACUACAGUAUUCGCAUAAUUCUUCACGGCUCACCUCGAAAGGGCAAGAAGCCGUAAACGCGAUCGAAUCUAGACGAUUGAGCAAUCAAUUGGCAAGAGCUCAAUUUCUAUCUAGCACGCCAACGAUCGCCAACGAUCAAGUACAACAAAGUGCUUAUUUCGGCAAACGUUUUCGAGCGAGAUCCGAAUCACCCAAACACGUAAAUUCUCAAAACGUUGCUACCCGUAGUCCCAGUGCACCCACCCUCGAAACAGCUCUCUGAUCCAAACAAAUUACAAAAUUUAAAGGAGA